AUGACAGAAACCACAAAGCCUCAUCUCCUCACUCUUCCACCCGAGAUCAGAGAAUACAUCUACCGCCUCAUCCUCCACCCCUCCGCGAACCGCUCCUCGAUUGCAGACGGAUAUGCCCUUCAAAACUACAGCGCUGCCCUCGUCCUCUUCAAGCUAAACCACCAGAUAUACAUCGAAAGCCGCAAGAUCUUCCGCGACCUCAAUAUCUUCGUCCGUAUCGAAACGCCAUGGCAAGAAGCACAGAGCCAUGUAUCUUUAGAAGGCCAUGUCCCCAUCUUGGCGAAAGGCGAAGAGGCGGCGAGGUUCAAUGGUCACACCAUGAGUGUCAUCAUUGAUGCUCCGGAGAGCCCAUUACAGGCUACGGAGACCGAGGCGUUCGUCAUACUGCUGGAAGAUCUUGAGAAGUUCUGUAAGGUUUGGUUCUACGCGGACCUCACGCACCCAGGCCUCAAUAGGUUCUUACGCCUAUCUUUGAGGCUCAGAGACCCGCAUACACCUUCGUGGGAUGAGAAAAGGAUACACAAAGCGGUACAGAAGCAGCUGCUGUUGCCAUUUGGGCAAGUAAAAGAUCUCAAAGAAGUGGUCAUCUCCGGUGACCCUAAGCCGCUACCCUCGAUUGAAGCAGAGUUGCGAGAAGCUCAGAAGACACCGCAUCAACGCCCUGAGCACUGCCUGCGCGAAGCAACGCAGCUGAAGCUGGACGGCAACGUAGAGCUCACUGCAGGCAAUUACACAGCAGCAUUGAAGAAGUAUGUCGAGGCGUGGGAGGCAAUCCACAUUGUCAUCCGCGGUCGUAAACGGCAUAUCCACGCCGAUAGCUUCUUCCAAGGCGAGCUCAGAGAGCCACCCUACGAAGGCAAGAACGGGCAGAGCGAGCGACUAAUUCUGAGGGUUCAGCUGGUAGCUAACACCUGUCAAGCUUACCUCAAGCUAGAGGACUGGGACUCGGCGAGCUUCUGGGGCAUGCGCUCGAUCAAGAUGCUUCGAGAAGCCAUGGGCGCCGAUGACACGCAAGAGCUGCCGCCGGAAGAUGAGGCUGUGUUGGGCUUUCCAGCUGCAGAUCAGAUGGGCAAGAUCUAUUACCGCACGGCGCUGGCAUACAAGGAGAUGGGUGACAAAGUGCAGGCGAGGAAGCUUUUACGGGUGGCGACGAUUUAUCUGCCCAGGGAUGAGCAUGUGAGAAAGGAGUUGGCUGCUUGUGCGUUGAGGAUCGGCUAG